AUGACUAUUUACCUCUACAUUGCGCUGCUCAUCUCAGCAGUACACUCCUACACUCCCGCACCAAGAUGGGGGCAAGCUACUUCCAUUGUAACCUCGUCUCUCUUCGUCCAAGGCGGCAAGCAGGACCCAUUUGGAUCGAUGAGCUAUACCGGCGCCAAUGCUCAAAGCGAUCUCCUCCUCCUCCCACUCGCCUUGUCCUUUUCCGUUGACAAUCCACCCUGGGUCUUGGUGAGCGACCCAAACAAUAGCACCAACUCCCAUGGUCCAGCGGUAGCAUGGCAUACGAUGUCCGCCUUCAAUAAUUCGAAUCAACUGGUUUUUGGCGGUGUUCCAACACCAGUGGCGACAUCAUACACUCAACCUGACUCGGCUUGGCUUUUAAACAUCUUCAACCGGGCAGAACCCCAAUUCACACAAGAGCCGCCUGGUUGGGAUGGUGAACCUCCUCGUCGCAUGCACCAUACUUCAGUCACAAGCAGAUCUGGAGACGUAUACGUUUUUGGCGGUGAAAAGGCGGACGGAUCCAUGAUUUUAGAAUCCGACCACUACGUCUUCAGCCCUUCUGCUGGCACAUUUACCCUACUCCCCACCGCCAACGCUGCUCCUGCGCUCACAGGACAUGGCACAGUCAUUUUAUCAAACGGUCAAAUUUUCCUCUUUGGUGGCUUGGCACAGAACAGCCUCCUUCCGUUCGAUACCUUCUACAUAUUCGAUACUACGAAGAACUCCUGGUCAACUCAGACCAUCUCCGGGACUCCCCUUCCCGCACCUCGCCGAGCCUUCGCUUACGUAUUGUUGGAUGACAGCGCUAUUCUCAUCCAAGGCGGCACCAGCGGCGAUUUCCUGUCGCGGUUCAGUGAUGGCUGGAUUUAUAAUAUCACCACCAGUACAUGGACACUCGUCCCACCUCUUGCGCAACUUGGAGAGAGAAGAGACCAUUUUGCGGUUUAUUACGGGGGCCAAGUUCUUUUCGGCUUUGGCUAUGGUUCCUUCGCCCCUGUGAGCUCCUCGCUCACUAUCUAUGACCCGGCAACGCAAUCGUUCCCCACAACAUUCAAUCCACCUCCACCAAAUGCUACCAUUACACCCACUUUACCUCUCCCACCUAUUACAAAAUCCGACACAACGCCAACAUUCUCUGGAACCCUCAGUUCAGUGCACCCAACUAGUACCAAUGGAAGUGGUGGUGGUGGGUCGACCGGAGAUCAGCCCAAAGCGCCAAGGAAGACAACGGCGAUCGCAAUCGGUACUGUUUUGGGUGUUUUUGCAUUUGUAGCUGCAGGAUUGGGAGUGGUGUGGCUCAUGCGUCGGCAUGAACGACAGCGUUGGAUGCAGGGUGGUGUAGGCGGCGUUUUCUCUCCUUUGGAUGGUGGCGAGAGUGGAAAUGGUCCCUCAGCAGCAAGAAUGGUCGAUGCUCCCCCACAACGUGGCAUUGUCGUUGGUGCUGUUGACACAAUUGGCGCCGCAGUCGGCUCAUGGGCUACCUGGAUUGCUGGUGGACUGGGUCUUGCGGCAGCAACAGGGGCACCCGCUGUUCAUGAUAGGAAAGAACGUCGUGAUAUGCUUGCGGACGAGGACAACCGCGAGUUCGGAUAUGAAGGCUGGUACGAUGUGGGCGAUAACCGAUCAACCCGAAGUCGCCUCGAACGAUUACGACAGGGUAGCGGCGGAAGCACUUGGAGUCUAAUGAGUGUUUUCCGACCAAAUCCGAGGCGACAAGCUAGUGCUGCCAGCGGUAUAAGCUAUGGUAGUCGGGGCGAAUCAUUGUUGGGUGUUGGGGACGAGAAGGAUCCUUUCCAAACAUAUAUGCGGGAUGCUCCCGCGGGCCGCGCGGCGAGACCCCCACCAGGUCGCCGACAAUCAAGCUACACCAGCGUUAUGAGCACAACCAGCAAUUACGUGGACCCUUUUGCCGAUCCUGUGGCUGCCUCAGAGCAAGAUAUUACUGCUCCUGGUGUUCUUUUAGCCGCUAGUCGUCCAGGAAUGCUCAGCCCAGUUACCGAAGUCUCAAGGUCGUCUGGCGCUUCCAACUCUGGCUCCUCCGUAGACCACCAUACUUCUUCGGCGUCGGUCAUAAAUCCAUUUGAUUCGCUUUCUCGCGUUUCUACAUUCGGGAUGUCUUCCAACUCGCAUCAGAACUCACCAUUCGGACCAUCGUCUCCAGCACCGACUGCUGGUCCAAGCAGGCCACGAACAUCCAGUAUCCUGGACAUGCGUCCUCCCCAACCUGAUCAACCUAUGCGACGAAGCGAUACAUGGUGGGCCCGCUUCUCCAACAAGAGUUUGUUGGAUCGACGGUCAACUCGCGGGGCAAACGAGGCUCCAGCGCCAAUGGAUUUCCGUGACCCGGCCCCCUUGCCAUCUCGACUAGGGUUUGUCAAAGAAGAAACUGCAAGUGUUCUUGCGGAGCGAAAUUCGAGCGACGGGAGUCAAAAGCAGCGAGACGCGAGAAGCUCGCCGUACAGCAGAAUGUCGACGCAUGGUAAAUCAAUGUCGUCCAUACAAACGGCGAACUCGGAUGCUUUGGAGCGGAUGGGUGAUGUUGGUGUGAUGCUGCGAGGAACAAGACAGAGCGGGAGCACAAGUACGCGGGGAAGCGAUACCACCCAUGGAGGAAGUGUUGAUGACGGAAGGUCACAAAUACGGACUAGUUGGCAACCACCAGAGGAUGAGGGAGAAGUUGUGUUCAGUUCUCCAGUCGAGAUGGUCCCCGCUUCCAGUUUCAAUCUCCCAACGCCCCCACCAGCCCCUGCUUCUCCAUCAGCUUCUUCAAAACACUCGCCACCUGCGUCGAUUAGACCUCCGUUGUCGACGGCAUCAUCGGGAUCGUCCGCUGGCUCGGUAGCAGACCGCGUGCGUGCCUAUGAGCGACGAAUGUCUCAGGAUGUGUCGCCGCCACCCAAAGAACGGCCGCGCAACAAAUCCCAUGCCAACUACGGACUUGUUACACGACCGAGUCUGUUUGUUGCGAACCCGGGACCAAACAGGGACGCAAGUGGAAGCCAGGAUGCUUGA